GAUCACAUGCGAAAUAUAUUCCACGAGAAAUUUUUGGACUGAAGGACUGUGAAUAGAGACGUACGAUCGAACACAUCAGUCAGCUAAACCGUUGAGCAGAAAUUUAUUGAGGAAGCCGAAAAUGUUGUACCGAUCCAUCGUCUUCGCAGUCGUCAUUACGGCCCUCGAAGCUGCAUCAAUAUGCGACCUUGAAAAAAUAUGCAGGGGCAGUGGUAUGUCCGUAAUCGAUUUGAUGCUCAUGUCCGGCUGUAAUUGCGGCGUUUUUUCUGACGCCGAUGAAAGCCUCGAGAACAUUGCUGAGUCACAGGAAGAGAUCUUGGAUGAGUCAAGAAGUCCUACGGAGGUGUCGACUGGUGAAGAUGAGGCACCGCAGAACGUUAAGGUCCAGGCGGCCGGGUAUGGGGAGCUCAGGGUCACAGCCGACCCACCAUCUACGGGCUCCUGGCAUAGGGAGCUCCAUGGAUAUUAUCUCAGUUGGAUCGAGCACUCGUCAUCGAACUCUGAGGUCAAUACAACAAAAGGCAUCGUACAAUUCAAGAAUACGACGGAGUUCAUAUUGAAGGGGCUGAAAGACUCCACAGACUAUACUAUUUACGUUACACCCUACAACAGCAUGGGUCUUGGACGUGCCAGCAAACCUGUUGUUGGGAAGACUCGGGGAAGAGAGCGUCCUGACCCUCCAACCGCCCUCAUCCUAACUCCGAUCACGUCAAGAUCCGUAAAUGUGCAGUGGAGCGCGUCUUCGGACGUCCACAGUCCAAUCACAAACUACACUAUUCAAUACCGCCCCUUAGCGGACGAUUCGGCCGAUAACUGGGAUUCCCCCAAGACCCAAAACGUAACCAUCACGCCAAUGAAAUUGAAUGUUCCAUCUACCCAUGGAACAACCAGUAAUGAACAAGAGAGUGGAGUUAUUGACAAACUUCAGCCAGGAGUUACAUACGUCGUCCGCGUAUUGGCGACAAAUUCGAUAGGCACUAGUCAGCCAAGUGAUCCUGUGACGGUGACGACCGCCGGAGAGCCACCGUCACAGGCACCGCAGGAGGUUAAGGCCCAGCUUGCGGGUCUUAAUGCGGUGAGGGUCACCUGGGUGCCGCCUGCUCCUAAUACCUGGAAUGGAGAACUCCGUGGAUAUCACGUUGUGGCGAAAAAACUCUCGUCAUCGAACGAUGCGUCAAAUAUUGAAAUAAAUGUAAAUACGAUGGAGUACGUCUUCAAGGGGCUGGAAGAAUCCACGCAGUACAGCAUUUCAAUUGCAGCAUUCAACGACUAUGGUCCUGGACCUACCAGCUGUCCUGUAGUUGCGAUGACUCUAGCGAAAGACCGUCCUGACGCCCCGACCAACCUCACGGUGAAAGAUAUCAUGUCAAAUUCAAUGAUUUUGUCGUGGAAGCGGCCUUUCGAUGGCAAUAGUCCAAUCAAAAAUUACACCAUUCAAUACAACCCCUCGGGAUCCGGUGUAGCCGAGAACUGGGAGUCCUCCAAGUUUCAAAACGUAACCGUCACACCAAGGAAUUUGAAUGACCCAUCUGGAUAUGGAACGAGUGAUUGGGAGUAUGCAAAUAUUACCAACCUCCACUCAGGAGUUACAUACGCUGUCCGCGUAUUUGCGACAAAUUCGAUAGGCAGUAGUCAGCCAAGUGAUCAUGUGAUCGCGGCGACUCCCAAAACGCUACCGUCAGCGGCUCCGAGAUACGUUAGGGUCGUGCCUGCGGGGCGUGGGAGGCUAAGGGUCACAUGGGCGGCACCACCUAAGAACUCCUGGAAUGGAGAACUCCUCGGAUAUCGUAUCAGAUGGGUUCAAUACUCGUUAGCGAACUCUGCGUCCGUUAGGCAGCAUUCAAUGAGGGAUCUAGGGAAUGUCUUGCAGUACACCUUGACGGGUCUGGAAGACUCCACGCUGUAUGAUAUUCAAAUUGCAAUGUACAACAGCAAUGGUGAUGGACCUUUUAGUAUUCCUGUCGAUGGGAUCACUGAGGCGAGAGUUAGGCAGAGUAAUGUUCCGACGAUGAAUCAGCCAGUGCAUCCUUCUCUACCAAAUCAACUUGUGGCGAAAAACCAAAGUGUUGACAUUCAUCAGAGAGAACCUGAUACAUCGAAAGUGCGCAUAAGAUUUAACAAGACCUCACCACUUAAGGCGCCGUAUGUUAUUAAAAUAAACGCUACCAAAAGCGACUAUACGAUGAACGCCCCAAUAAUUUCAUUAAUCCGGAAUUAAUGAUUAUUCAAUUAAUCAAUCACUAGUGAACGGGCGCGAAGCGAUUAAUUGGAGAUUAAUUUGUACUAUUUUAUUUUCAUUUCCGUCUUUACAAUCAGAUUAAUUUAAUUUUAUUCAUUCUUAUUCUUAUUAUAUGUAUUGGUUUUCCUUAAUUUUUAAGUUACAACGUUGAAUGGAAAGGAAUUAUGUUGAGGAUCAAUAAAGUAUUUUUUUGUGA